CGUCACACCACUGCGCAAUCAAGCACGGAAAUAAAAUAACAGCUGUUCUACAAUAUUCGCUCGGGCAACUCAGGCAGCAGCUGUACCACGCAGCCGUUUUCCUUGGGAUCGCGAUUGUUUGGACGUUGCUUUCUCAUUGUUGUAAUAAUCACCGUGUAGUUUGGACUGUUCUUUCGCUCAUUUUUCAUCGUUUAUUACUGUGCAAGUUAAUACAGUAUUGGCGUUUGAAGUGUGUGAAUCAUAAAUCCGUAAGCUACACUGGCGCUAUGUUUACCAAAAUUCCUCGUUCGUUGUUGUUGUGACUCAAGUUGAAAUGCCUCGUGAAUACGUGGACCGCGAGGAGAGUUCCGCAGUGUUAUGUUAAUAGAAUCUCUUUUAGAUAGUGAUUUUAGUAAAAUUAGUUCUUGACAAUGUCUAACACGGUCCCGACCAGUUCUGCACUGAGGGCUUUGGCCUUAGAAUAUAAGAGUCUGCAAGAGGAGCCCGUGGAAGGGUUCCGAGUGAAACUUUUAGGGGAGGACAAUCUAUUUGAAUGGGAGGUUGCAAUUUUUGGUCCCCCAGACACGUUAUAUCAAGGUGGAUAUUUCAAGGCACAUAUGAAAUUCCCGCCAGACUAUCCUUAUUCACCACCUUCCAUUAGAUUUUUAACAAAAGUAUGGCAUCCAAAUGUAUAUGAGAAUGGUGACCUCUGCAUAUCGAUCCUGCACCCGCCGGUUGACGACCCACAAUCGGGCGAGCUACCGUGCGAACGCUGGAACCCUACGCAGUCAGUGCGCACCGUGCUGCUCUCCGUGAUCUCACUACUCAACGAGCCCAACACCUUCAGCCCAGCCAACGUCGACGCCAGCGUCAUGUACCGCCGCUGGCGCGACUCCAAAGGCAAAGAUAAGGAAUACGAGAAUAUUAUCAGAAAGCAGGCCCAGGUGGCUCGCACGGAGGCGGAGAAAGAGGGCAUAGUUGUACCACUUACAUUAGAAGAUUAUUGCAUUAAGACUCAAGUCAAGUCGACGACGCAGGAGCCACAGUUGGACAUGACGGACUUCUACGACGACGACUAUGACGACCUCGACACAGACUCUGACGAGGAAGUGGACGGAGGAGAUGGGGACGGCGAUGACAGUGGCAACGGCGAGUCGUGAGGCCGCGCCCCGCCCCCGCCCCGCGCGCCCCGCGCCCUGCCCGACACCCCCCGCGGCGGACGGACCUCGCCCACACCGGUAACUCUCCUUCUCACACCGAUACCUGCUACCGGCCUGCAACAUUCUUACUACAUACAUACAACUAAGUGCUUCUUACCCGAUACUCGCUUUAGUCAAACAUAUUCGAGAAAAACUAAUAAACGACGCCUCGUUUAACGCAAACAUUAAAAAACGUAGUUCCUUUUAAUAAAUUGACUGAAAACCAAUCAGUAUUGAAUAGCGUCGUACAUUUUUUACGUGACAUGCAUACUUUUUCAAUAUGCAAAAUUGGCAAUAUUCAGUUUCCUUACAAUUACGUAUUGCCAAGGCUACAGGCUGCAUAGUCGUGAGUUGUGACUUAUUUAACGACUGACUGCCCAUGCGUGCUACAGCCCACUUCCGUAGUUAUACAGUGGGGUUAUACAACCGAUGUUAUUACACGCCGUUGCAGUGUUACACAUUCAAUUUAAAUGAAUUUGAUAAACCAACUACACUAGUGCAGGUAAUUAGUAUCCCGUUACAUAUUGCCCCUCUCCUCCCCUUUUUUAUUCGUAUGUAUUUCCCGCAUUAGUCUUUGUUUUUAAGUGCUUUACGUAGUGUCAAAACGAAAAAAAAUAUAUACUUAAUUAAUUCUCCAUAAUAAUGAAUGGAAGGAUUAUUUUUAUAAUUUGUGCGAAUAUUUUACUAGUGUCACUCGUAUUGAUAUUAAUUUUAAUGUCUGCUUAACAUACUUUUGUUUUAUUAAAAUGACGAAUUAUGUUUGGCAAUGUGGCAUUCCUUAAUGGUAUUUGGAUAUUCAGAAUAGUUGUUAGAAGUCCAUAUGGCGUUGACAAUACAUACUUUAAGCAGAUUAACAAAGUUUAAAAAACAUGUGGACAAAGAAUGUUGGACAAAUCUCACAUUUCAUAAUUAUUCUGAACAUCUCAAUAUUUUAAUGAGUGCCACUCAAAAAAGUAAUUUAAUUAUAAUAUUAAAAAUCAUAAUAAUAACAAUUUGAAAAAAAAUCAUGUGGUAUAAAUUAUUGAUUAUUUGUCUCUGAUUAAUAAUUCUAAAUAAUAAUCAAUAAAAAAUUGAAUACAUAAUAAUAUGAUGAAAUAUCGUCUAUAUUAACAGUAGAAUAUGAAAAAUAUUUUUGAAAAUGACACAUAAAUAAAUGAUCCUAAACAAUUGCAUAAAUAUAUUAGAUGAUUUAUUGCAUUUGUUUUGUUAAUAACAUUUAUUAUUUUCAGUUGUCCGUACCGCUUGCCUGAACUGGAUAGUUAAUAUUAAUUUUAUUGUAAUAACAGUGAAUGAGUCAUUCUUAUUUCUAAUAUAUCUCAAUGGCACACAAGGCCAUUAUGUAAAUGUUAGAAUCUUUCUGAAAUAGACAAUUAUACAAUUAGUUUUGUUUAAUAUUAUUAUGUGCAACAAGCAACAACACUUCUGUGAUUUUAAAACAUUGUUGCCCGAAUAUUUGUUUGUCUUGAUGUUUAGUUUUAUUAUUUUUAAUACUAGAAUCAUUAAAAGGUAAUAACAAUGAUAUCUGGCAUUUUAAUUUCUGGUACUUUAAAUAUCUCAUAAUGUAACUAUUUUUUAAUAAAUGGAAUAUAACACCAAGGAGUUCGCAAGUCAGUAUAGUUAUGUAUUCACCUGUUUGUGUUGUAAAUGUACUAUAGGUUUUAAUCCCAGCUUCAUUCAUUUGCCCCUACAAAAUUGUGUGUACAAAGAUGCUAAUACUUAGAACUCAACAAUAAUUCUGGUGUAUGCUCAAAUCAUAUUAUGAUAAUACUAAAGAAUGAUACAGUACAUUAAUAAGAAUGUUUAGUGAUUCACGAACGAAAUUAUUUGUAAUGUAUAUUAAGAUAUAAAUGAAUUUUAAUGGUUAGUGUGCACUAAGUUAAAUUUAUAUAGAUUUGUAAUGUAAUAAUUGUAUGAUUUGUAAUUUUAAGACUUAGAUUACUUGCGACUUUGGCUUCUAAAUUCCUAAAGCUACUUUGUAACAAUGUUAUCUCCGAACGCGAUGCUACUUCAUAACAUUUAAUGCGUUUCAACUACUUACCUAAUCAUUUGUCAGUCAGAACAAAAAAAAUAUUUUCGAAUAUCCUGCUAAAAUCGUCCAAAACUUAUUCAUUAGUUAGUUUUAAGUUAGAGUAAAUGGUUUGGAAAUUUAUCGUAGGAAAAUUCACGAUGAGAAUGUUAAUUACGUAUAUAAUAAACAGAAUGUGUUUGGAUGAGAA